AUGUCAAGGUCACACAUCGUCCUCGUCCACGCCGCGCGCGAAAGCUGGAAGCAGGAGGCCGGGCACGAGCCGGCAGCCGGAUCGCGGCCACUUCUGUUCCCUCGUCUGUCUGCCGAUCGAGGGGAAGAGCUGCUGGUGCCUGGGGCUGGGGGUGAAUCACGAGCGAAGAGAUGCCGGGCGCCGGGGUCUGAUUGGUGCCUGGGCGAAGCUAGCGAUGGCUGGCUGGCGCUGCUAGGGGGAGGAGGACUGGAGGAGGUCCGUGGUGGCUGGGGCGGGCUCGUCUGCACUACUGCAUCCCUGGCCUCGUCGUAA